AAAAAACCUACAGUGUCCAAUAUUAAAGAAUGUUUCACAGAAUACUCCCUAGAAGAGAAAGUGGAAGCUUUGAAGAAUUUACUUAUUCAUAAUGAAAAACAUAGAGAGAAUCUUCUAUUGCACAAAAAUAUAAGGCACAAUACUAAAAAUAUAGUUGGUCUCAAGGUAAAAGAAUGUCUACAAGCAGAUGAAAAAACGCCAUUUCAAACUAUCAUCUCUGAAUUAAGAAAUACUGUAAUGAAUAGCUAUUGGAAUAAAGGAGUUGGUAAAACACGUGAUCAAAUUCCAAAUCUUCCAAUUGGUAUGAAUCCAUUGGAAACAACUUUUGGAAAAAAAACUCAGUCUGAAGCAACUAUGGCUGAACUACUUCAAGCAGAAUCAAGUCAAACUGAUGUUUCAAAUACAGAUGUCCUUGCAUUGUAUAAACAAUGUCAUAACAGUUAUCAGCCUGCUGAGCAAAUUAAGAGACAUUACAAGGAACCAUUCAAUGAAAAUCUUAUAUUUGGGAAAUCGAAAAGUACCAACAAUAAUGGCACACAAUUAAAAAAGCUUCUAACAUGGAUCAAUUCUGAUUCUACUACAGUAGCUAAUUCUAUUUUAGCAGAUUUUAUGGACCGUUCACAUUCUCGUGUUGGAGAAGUAAGGAAUUUCAAAAACGCAUAUCCAUACAUGUCUAUGGUACAUGGGAAAGCAAGUGAAAGAAAAGAAAUAAAUGAAAUAGAAAAUGCUUUAAAUGACUGUUAUAUAAAUAAUGAUGCAAUACUACAAAAAAAAUACUUGCAAUAUAUUAACAGUUUACGUCAAAAAUUCAAGAAGCGUACUCCAGAAAUUCCAUUUUUAGACAUUUAUGAAGAUCUAUUGUGUCUUGAUAAAGUAAUAUGAUAAUUUUAUAUUAAAUUCUAAACUUAAAAUUCAAGUUUUGACAAUAAUAUUAAAGAUCAAUUUUUAAUAAUUAUAAGGAUUUUAGUAAUAUUUAAUAUAAUUAAGAUAUUUUUAAGAAAAAAGUUAUGAUUGAAAAUGUAAACAAUCAAAUGUAAACAUUUUGUGGUAUUAAAAAGAGUGUGCUCUAUAGAAAGUUAUGUUUUCAAUCAAUUAAACAGAAAACAUCCAAGACUUAUUCACGAUUAAUCUAAACAAUAAAAGAGAACUGAUAUAUUUGUAGAAUUAUAUAGGACUGUUACCAGAAGACAUUAUUAGUUCUACAUUAACUAAAUAUAAAAUACAUUUAAAUCAAGUACUUCUAAUACCACUGUUGGAUCUUCUUCAAAUACGCAAGGAAAAGAAUAUAAACUAUAAAGAAUUAUUAAAUCUUUUAAAUUGGAGAUAUGAUUUGCCAACAUUACCAAAAGAAGAAAGUAAUGUAUUAAUAUCUGAUUUAAUAAUUCUAUUAAUAUAUUUACAUAAUAUACAUAGGAAUCGUAGUGUUAGAAAUAUUUAAAUCAAAAUUUUAUAGGGAUACCUUUAGAAUGUCAAUACUAUAGUACUACAUAUAGAGAUACAAUAGAGAAUAUGGACAGAAUAGAUGCUACAAGUUAGUACAAUCUUUAUAUAACCUGAAUUGAACAUAGAAUCAUUAUACUUAGAUAAACUAAUCUUUGCUUAAAAAUGUGAAAUAUUUAAUAAUUAAAAACAAAAAAAAUUAAAAUUUUGUUUAUUCUUAUAGAUACUCCUACAGCAGGGAUUAUAUCUAGAGAUCCUGAAGAUAAAACUUCUGCUUACAGUCUCAUAUUUCCAAAUAUCUUUACAAAGCAUGGCCUAGACUAUAAAGAUCUUUCCAAAGUAUGUUUAAAAAUAUUAAUUUUUGUAAAAAUUUAACUUAUUUAACAAACUUAAACUUAUAAAUGUGAAUAAUAAUAAUUAAAUUUUAUAAUUUUUUUAUCAUUUUCUACAGCUUAGAAGUAAAGAAGAAAUACGAAGUAUUUUUGCAAAUAUUGAAGUUGAAUUUCCUAAUAACAGUUUUGAUUUGCUUUGGGAAGA